GUGAUGAGCAGCGCUCUGCGAUUCCCAGGCUAGGCAUCUGCUCUCAGUGUUUAUUUGGUCGCCAUGGCGGAGGGACAUAGACAGCUACUGCCUCAGCCGCCUCUUCCUCUGUCGCUACCUUCGGCUAGUAAGCGGCCGUGCCUGCGUCCUGCUCCUCGCGGCCCCGGUCCUGGAUCGGGCUUUCCGAUUUCACGGUAUUACAGCCCGGAGUCUUUACUGGACUGCGCCGCUAAGGCCGUCGCGGAGAAAUGGGCCUUCGAGAGGGUGGAGGAGCGCUUCGAGCGGAUCCCGGAGCCCGUCCAGCGCCGCAUCGUCUACUGGUCCUUCCCGAGGAACGAGAGGGAGAUCUGCAUGUACUCAUCAUUUCAGUGCCGUGGGGCCGGGGAGGAUGCCGGCGCGACGGGAUCAGGGGCUUCGGUGGGAUCUGGGACUGUCCCUGGAGGGGUUACCACCACUGGAGGAAACGCCACGGCUGGGGGCACCGGAGAAGGGCUCCCUUUCCGUCGGGGGAUCCGGCUUUUGGAAAGCGGCUGUGUGGAGAAUGUCCUGCAAGUCGGUUUCCAUCUGAGUGGCACAGUGACAGAGCCAGCAUCCCAGUCCGACCCGGAGACUGUGUACAAAGUGGCCAUCAGCUUCGACCGCUGCAAGAUCACCUCUGUCACGUGCGGCUGUGGGAACAAAGACAUUUUCUACUGCGCCCAUGUGGUGGCGCUCUCGCUCUACCGGAUCCGCAAGCCGGACCAGGUCAAACUGCGUCUUCCUAUCUCAGAGACCCUUUUCCAAAUGAACAGGGACCAGCUGCAAAAAUUUGUACAGUAUUUAAUCGCCGCACAUCACACAGAGGUCCUUCCCACUGCACAGAAACUGGCAGACGAGAUUCUGUCGUCUAAUUCGGAAAUCAACCAAGUUCAUGGUGCUCCGGACCCCACAGCUGGAGCCAGUAUCAACGAUGAGAACUGCUGGCACCUGGAUGAGGAGCAGGUGAGGGAGCAGGUCAAGCAGUUCCUGUCCCAGGGAGGCUACUACGGGUCGGGGAAGCAGCUCAACUCCAUGUUCGCCAAGGUGCGUGAGAUGCUAAGGAUGCGGGAUUCAAACGGCGCCCGGAUGCUGACCUUAAUAACGGAGCAGUUCAUGGCAGACCCACGGCUGUCUCUGUGGAGGCAACAGGGAACUGGUAUGACGGAGAAAUGCAGGCAGCUGUGGGAUGAGUUGGGUGCUUUAUGGGUCUGUAUUGUGCUGAACCCACACUGCAAAACCGAUGAGAAGUCCUGCUGGCUCAGGCAGCUGAAGAAGUGGAGUGACAUGGACGUGUGUCCUCUUGAGGACGGCAACUACGGGAGCGAGUUACCAAACAUUACCAAUGCCCUGCCGCAGAGCUCCAACCUCAGCCAAGACUCCUUAGCGAGGCCGAGGAGGACUGUCUUCACAAGAGCAAUGGAGGCCUGUGACUUGCACUGGCAAGACAGCCACCUGCAGAGGAUAAUCAGCAGUGAUUUCUACAUGUCGCCCACUUAUCAGCGAGAAGGGGAGAGCCUGCUCUUCACCUCCCAGGGGCUGCCGCUUUGGCUGGAGCAUGUACCAACUGCCUGUGCCAGAGUGGAUGCUCUGCGAUCCCAUGGUUACCCCAGAGAAGCAUUGCGAUUGGCCGUUGCCAUCAUCAACACACUCAGGCUGCAGCAGCAGAGGCAGCUGGAAAUAUACAAGCACCAGAAGAAAGAGCUGCUCCAAAGAGGGGUGACCACAAUCACAAAUAUGGAGGGCUGGGUGGGACACCCUCUGGACCCUAUAGGCUGUCUCUUUGUGACUUUGACUGAAGCCUGCCGGAUAGAGGAUGACAAUUCCAUGGAUACAGGAGACUCUGGGGACCCCAAGCCUCCAGUCUAUCACCAUGUUCCUGUGUCAGGGUGCCAGGACAGCGGGGAGUCGUAUCUGGCCCUGGCGCUGGAGGUUGCUCUCAUGGGCAUGGGGCAGCAGCGGGUGAUGCCAGAGGGCCUGUACUCUCAGGACAAGGUGUGCAGGAACGAGGAGCAGAUCAUCGGGCGGCUGCAGGAGCUCGAUCUGGACGAGGUGCUGGUGCUGACACUCCGCAAGCAGUGCAUUCUCCUGCUGGAGGGGGGCCCUUUCAGUGGGCUGGGGGAGGUGAUCCAUCGGGAGAGUGUUCCUAUGCAUACCUUUGCAAAGUACCUCUUCUCUGCGCUACUGCCUCACGACACUGACUUGGCCUAUAAACUCGCUCUGCGGGCCAUGAGACUGCCAGUGUUGGAGUCUACUGCCCCUUCUGGUGAUGCGAGUCAUCCACACCACGGGAUCUCUGUGGUGCCAAGCAGAUACCCACGCUGGUUUACCCUUGGGCAUCUGGAGUCCCUGCAGUGUGAGCUGGCAUCCACCAUGCUCACUGCAGCCAAAGGAGACAUGCUGCGAUUACGCACAGUGCUGGAGGCCAUUCAGAAAAACAUCCACUCCUCCUCCCUCAUCUUCAAACUGGCUCAGGAUGCUUUCAAAAUUGCAACGCCCGCAGACUGCCCGCCGGAUAUCACCCUGCUCAAUGUGGCGCUGGAGCUGGGGCUGCAGGUGAUGCGAAUGACUCUGUCCACGCUGAACUGGAGGCGCAGGGAGAUGGUGCGCUGGCUGGUCACCUGUGCCACUGAAGUUGGCCUGCGUGCACUCGUUAGCAUCCUGCAGAGCUGGUACACCCUGUUCACUCCCACUGAGGCCACUAGCAUCGUUGCAGCCACAGUGAUGUCUCACAACACCAUCCUGCGGCUGAGCCUGGACUACCCACAGCGGGAGGAGCUGGCCAGCUGCGCACGGACCCUGGCCCUGCAAUGUGCCAUGAAGGACCCACAGAACUGUGCUCUGUCGGCCCUGACGCUGUGCGAGAAGGACCAUAUCGCCUUUGAGACGGCCUACCAGAUUGUCAUCGACGCGGCUUCUACCGGCAUGACCUACUCCCAACUCUUCACCAUCGCCCGCUACAUGGAGCACCGUGGCUACCCUCUGCGGGCCUUCAAGCUGGCCUCCCUGGCCAUGACCCACCUCAACCUGGCAUACAACCAGGACACACAUCCAGCCAUCAACGAUGUGCUUUGGGCCUGCGCGCUCAGUCAUUCCCUGGGUAAGAACGAGCUGGCUGCCAUCAUCCCCCUGGUGGUGAAAAGCGUGCAUUGCGCCACCGUUCUUUCAGACAUUCUGCGCCGUUGCACCAUGACUGCCCCCGGAUUAGCGGGAAUCCCCGGCCGCCGCAACUCCGGGAAGCUUAUGUCCACUGACAAGGCCCCGCUGAGGCAGUUAUUGGACGCUACCAUUAGCGCUUACAUCAACACCACACACUCCCGCUUGACUCACAUCAGCCCCCGGCACUACGGGGAGUUUAUUGAGUUCCUCAGCAAAGCCAGAGAGACCUUUCUCCUGGCACAGGAUGGACACAUCCAGUUUGCCCAGUUCAUAGACAACCUUAAACAGAUCUACAAGGGAAAGAAGAAGCUCAUGAUGCUUGUGAGGGAGCGCUUUGGGUGAUUUUUUUAAAAGGAGUGCAAUAGUAAAAAGACUUGUUUUAUUUUGAUCUGAGAGCAACCGUCACAUGGUAUUGUGUGGGGUGUUUUUUUGUUUGGUUUUUUUUUUGGAAAAGGGGGUGAAAGGAUGCACCAUGAUAGAAUGUGGUACUAUUGAAAGAUAGAAAAAAAAAUCUUAAAUGGAAAGACCUUUUUUUAUUAUUAUUAUUAAAAGGAAAAAGUGGCACAUAAACCAAACAAGCUAUCGAGAGCCAACUUGGUGGUUUAAGAAUAUAAUUUUUAUCUUAUAUACAAAAAUUCAAUAAAAAUCCAACUUACCAAAUUUCUAACAGCGGAGUGUGAUACUGUACCUCUCUCCUGUUGCAAGGAUAAACUUGCAACCAUUUUUAGAGGCCUGGUUUACAGCAUGCAGUAAAGAGCAGGGAUCGAAAGCAGAGCUGCAACACUAAACCUUGCAUAAGCGACACCAAAACACACAGGCAGAAACAGCAUGGGGUCUGUAGGAUAGCUUGCAUUGACCAAGCAACAUGUGUGAAUUCAUAUUUGUUUCCUCUUAUUUUUUUGGUAGGGUUUUUUUUUUUAAUUAAGAAAAAAGAAUGAGUAAAAGAGAUACUAACUCCAUUCUCAGGGAUUGCUUAAAGACAAAAACAAAAAGUAGCAAAAGCAUUUAUGAUAUUGUAAAUAUAAUGGUAAAAGUGUCAAUUAAAUUGUAAAGUUAUAAUUUAUAAUAAUUGUAUGUCUCCUUUCAUUUAUUUUGGGAUACUUGAAUAUGUUGUGGGCUGGGAAUGUUAAGACUUAAGCAAAACAUUUCUCAGGUGCUCCUGUUUUCUGUUUUUUUUUUUUUUUUUUUUUUUUUGGUUAUUUCAUUUUAUAUUGUUUGGCUGUAUGUUGUGCGAGAGGCAGAGUAUUUUAUAAAAUAAAAUAAAACGAUAACAGGAUAAACUAAAGCACCAGUCUAUGCAGAACUACGGAGUAAUGUUAACUGUCCCAACCUCUCCUCUUACACCCAACAUCAUGAAUAAGAAUCUGUGUGUAAAAGCUUCAGUAAAGCAAAGCAGGGCCAGAGUUCAGGUUAUGCUAAGAAGCUGUAGUGAAAGAACACAGGUUCUGUAAAAUAUUCUGUACAAUAGCUGGAUUUAAAGAUUGCCAGAAAGAGGAUGAUUUGAUCAGUCUGCGCCUCAGCUGAGACUUCAAUCAGGAACGGGGCAAAAAUGUUUCAUUUUUAUUUUUUUAUAUACAGUAUAAAAGUACAUAAAUGGAAGAGCCAGUACAGUCGUGGGCCUGUUUGAUUGUUACACAAACCUUUCUUCACCAAUGGGAAGAUCCCGUUCCAGUAGGUGUGUCUCUCACUGUACAACUACAUUCGUAACCUUUUCAAACAUUACUCACUUUUAUAUUUAGUAGUAAUAACUAGAUUUGAGUGUUAGUGAUUGCCUAGCGUGGGGAAGGUCUAUCCAGUUCUAUUGGGAUGUAGUUGGGUUAGGAACCUCAUUGUGGGUGUGGCCUGGGAUUACCUGGAUUCAAGCCCUGGUGUAAUGCGAAGUCAAACCGUAUGACACCUGCACAAAGUUCAAAUGCCACGCAAGGACAACUGCUAAAGUAUUUAUCUCUAAUUCAAAACUGUUGCCUUUCAAAAAUUCUUUGUCUCAGUACAAAGGUUAAUUCUGUUGCAUUAAUAUCUAACCUAGUUGUAUCUUAGUGCUUCAUGUAAAAAUGUUAUACUUUUAGGUCCAACUGCAUUACAAAUAUAUAUUUUUUUUGGUUUGUUCUAUUUUUUACCAAGUGUCUUUGUGUUAACUGUACCAGUGUUUUGAUCUGUUAGAUUUUAGAAGGAAAUAAGCGCUGGUAGAGAAUAUUGACUAGUUUGUUAUCUACUGUUUUUUAGAUUCAAUUUUUUUUAUUUAAAAGUGUUUUAAUGUUGCCUCUUUGUGCUACUGAAAAAGAAAGGUAUUCAGUAUUUGUUGCCACAAGUAUAUCGUUAAUCAAUUUUUUUUUUUUGUGCAGCCUUGAGCUAAUGUCAUAAAAAAAAAAAAUACUAUUUAUGUAAUGCUACUACCAUUUUAUAUGAUUUGUGUUGAAAUUUCAGUGCUUUUUUUAUGAAUAAAGUGUGGAACACAA